GCUCUUUCUCUCUCUCUCUGUUGUUCAUUCACUCAUACAUACACUCCAUCCACACACAGCAUGUAGACACUUUCGAAUUCAUUCACCUCCCUCGCUCACACACUCAGUUUAUUUUUACAACCUCCUUUCCUGCCUAGAUAGUCUGGAGAAGCAGCUACGCCACCUCAACUUUAAAACCGCCGUCACAGAAAACAGGAGAGAGAAGAGACAGCAAGAACAGAAUAAAACAAAAAAAGAGGUUUGAAAUUCACUGAAGUGCUCAGAAGGAUGGAAUAGAGAAGCAUGAAAGUCCAAAAACAUCCGGGCGAAACACACUUUAUGAGAGGAACUGACUGAAGGAGACAAAGCUCAGAAAUUUACUUCACGAAACAGCGAAAAGCAGCUAGAUCUCCAGCUGUACGUGUGACCUGACUGGACUGACGCCAUGUUUUGGACGCUCCUCCUGGCUUUGAUCCUUCUGCUGUUGCUCCAGGCACAGCUGCUUGUUUGUCUACGUGAACUCCGAAUCUCUCUGACCUCAGUGACUUCAGCGACCCCUUCUGGAACUUCCAAUGCCUCGGCUUUGCAACGCCUGCCAGGAGCCAUAAUCAUCGGGGUGCGCAAAGGAGGCACCAGGGCCCUGCUGGAGAUGCUCAACCUCCAUCCAGAUGUGGAAGUAGCCAAGAACGAGAUCCACUACUUCAACCUGGAUGAAAAUUUUCGGAAGGGUCUGGACUGGUAUCGUGCCCAGAUGCCCAUCACUCUCCCUGGGCAGCUGACGGUGGAAAAGACCCCUGGCUACUUCACAGCACCACUGGCCCCAAAGAGGAUAUGGGCCACGAAUCCAGCUGUGAAACUGCUGCUGAUCGUUCGUGACCCUGCAGAGAGACUUGUAUCAGACUACACACAAGUCCUCCAUAACCGAAUUCAGCAAAACAAGCCAUACCAACCACUUGAAGAGCUGCUGCUGUCUCAAGGACACAUCAAUCCCAAAUACAAGGCCCUUCAGAGGAGCUUUUACUACCAGCACCUUGCCAGAUGGUUGGAG